GUCAUAAAGAUACAGUCAAAUAUCUGGCUCAACAUGAAGCGAAUAUAAAUGCUCGAAAUGAGAGAAAUCAAACUCCGCUAGAGCUAGCAACAGGUUACAAGGAAAUAGCCAAAUUUCUAUUGGAAUAUGAGAACAUUUCAAAAGCCAAAUAUGCAUGCAGUCAAUUUCCCACAGUUCAACGUGUAACAUCAUAUCUUACACAAGGCGAUUUGGCAGAAGAGGGUGAAUUCCCCUGGAUGGCUGCUUUAGUUUACGUCGCUGGUUUGAAAAUUAGUUUCAGAUGCGGCGGUACCAUAAUAUCGGAGCGCUAUAUAAUGACGGCUGCACAUUGCACAAGCGCAUAUCCACCGGUAUUAGUGCGAUUGGGAAAAGUAAAUCGAGCCGAUGAAUCUGCAUCAAAUUACCAAAUAGAAUAUUAUAUAAAAAAUAUCAUACGACAUCCAAAUUAUUCGAUGAGAACGUAUAAGAACGAUAUUGCAUUGCUUCAACUCAGAAAUAGAAUUUUAUUCAACGACAACAUUAGACCGGCAUGCUUGUACACAGAUAUGGGUGAUAUCGAUAAUCGUACAAAACUAAUUGUGACCGGCUGGGGCAACACUAUUCCUGGAGAUCGUGACUCUCAAUCAGAUUUGUUACUUAAGAUUGCGAUUAAUACAAUGCCAUUAAGUGAAUGCAACGCAACCUAUUUGAAUCAUUUUGCACUGAAGAAUCAAACGGCUUUUCGGGAUGGCCUUGAUGACGGUCAGUACUGCGCACAUGAUCCAGAUGGACAAGACCCUUUUAUAAGGGAUGCUUGCCAAGGAGAUAGUGGAGGUCCACUUACACAUAUCCCCAACAAUGAUCCGAAUGAAGCCACAAUAGUUGGUAUCGUUAGUUUUGGCUAUAGUUGUGCUUUGGAAUUGCCCGGCAUUUACACGCGCGUUGCUCAUUAUAUACCUUGGAUUGUAUCCGUCGUCUGGCCAUAAAAUUAACAUUUUUUAAGCAAAUUUUAUCACACUUAUUUAAUAAUAACUAAGAUAAUAACUUUCUGAAAAAUAUUCAAACAGAUAAAAACGAUGCGUUGUGCAAAUUGCAUUGUUCUACAUAUGUAAUAUUCGCAAUUUUUUGUAAAUUCAAUCAAUACGAUACUCUUUUCAUAGAAAUAAACACAGAAGAAUUACGGCUUGUAGUACGAAAAAGUUCAUCUUAUAGUAAUGUUCUUAUUUUUA